ACGUCUCUGACACCAGCGCAGCCGAGCUCGAGGCGGAGUCUGAUGUCAGCAUUGCACCAAUAGAUUGUGAAGCUGGUGGUGACGUGGCACUGACUGAUGUCACAGCAACCUUGGACAUGGCAGUGAUUGAUGACACAGAAACCACCGACAUGGCAGCCACUGAUUGCACAGCCAACUGUGUCAUGGCACUUUCUGAUGUCAGCACUGCACCGAGUGACUGUCCAACCAGCAGUGACAUGGCAUCAAUUCAUUGUGCAGCCAGUGGUGACAUGACACCAACUGAUGUCACAGCAACUUCCGACACGGCAGCGACUGAUGGCACAGACACCACCACCAUGGCAGCCAUUGAUUGCGCAGCCAACUGUGACAUGGCACGGGUUGAUGGCACUGACACCUCUGGCCAGACAUCGGUUAAUGGCACAGCAAACAUGGACAUGGCACCAGUGGAGGGCACAGAAGCCACUGACACUGCACCUCUUGAGGGCACAGCCACCUCUGACACGGCACCGAUGGAUGGCACAGCCACCUGUGACACUGCGCUGGCCGACACCGACACAAGCUCUGACACGGCACCAACUGAUGUCGGGGCCAAGGCUGACACCACGACUGAGGGCAUCGCAGACACUGACUGCACGCCCAUGCAGAGUGUGACUGAUGCUCCCAGUGUGGACAUUUUGGAGCAGAAAGAUGACAUGGCACCCAUAGAUUGUGCAGCCAGCGGUGACCUGGCACCAAAUGACGCCAAAGCAACCUCGGACAUGGCAGUGACGGAUGACACAGAAACCACCGACGUGGUAGCAACUGAUUGUGCAGCCAACUGUGUCAUGGCACCUUCUGACGGCACAGACACCUCUGAGAUGGCACAGCUCGAGGGCACAGCAACCACUGACAUGGCACCG